GUCCAACAAAUCUACCGUUGGUAGCCGUUCACGUGUCCAACACAACGGGCUGCAACCGGACGAGCCUUCAACAGUUGCCCUUGUUUCACACGCAAGAUGGAAAUUUGAAGGAUACUUUUUCCUUCCUGAUUGUUCCAUCGGGAGAGCCCCGUUUUGACCAUGAGAUUAGUAUCAUCAUCACCCGCACAGUACGGCAUCUUGUUGUUGGGAUGUCUACUAGUACUACUACCGAAUACAGCAGAAUGCGGGAGAGCUGAGAACGUGGACGAAUACGCUCUGACCAUUCCGUUCCCCAUUCCGUUUCCAGUGUCCAAUCCCAACACGAUUGUGAAUGGAGACAAUGCCAAUGUUGGUGAAUUUCCCUGGUACUGUGUCUUUGCGGGCGGUGUCCUAUGCGGAGCAACGCUGGUACACGAAGACAUUGUGGUCACGGCGGCUCAUUGCAUUGACGGGAGUGUCCCACCAAGACUCCGAUGUGGAGCCACCACAACCAGCAAUGGCGUCUUGGUGGAUGUGGAAGCCUCGGUCACGCAUCCUCAGUAUAAGGAUCGAGAAUUGGCCAACGAUAUUGCCAUUCUCAAGCUAGCAAAUCCCCUCAGCAUUCAAGUGGCAGAUUUCAAUACAGACGAAGCUGUCCCAGCAGGAGGAUCCGAAGUGACUGCCAUGGGCUUUGGUCGUACCGAACCGGACACGGGCGGUGGUUCCCAAAGCCUGCAGAAACUGCAAAUGGAGGCUCUGUCCGAUGCCGAAUGUGCCGCUACCUUUCCAGAUUACGAGCCCAGUCGGAAUAUCUGCGUCGAUGAAAACAAUGCUGGUAUCUGCUUUGGAGACUCGGGCAGUCCGCUUGUGAAUGAUGCUGGGUUGGUGCUGGGCGUGGCCUCGUUUGUGAUUCAAUCCUGCGAUUCCAGGUUUCCCGAUUUCUUUACCCGCAUCAGCACCUAUAGUAACUGGCUACAGCGCAGCAUAUGCUCCGAAUCGGAUAACCCACCGGAUGCGGACUGCGAGAAUGUGGGGGAUGAUGAUGGGGAUGGUGGUGGCGGCGGCGGAGAUGGUGGUAUAAUUGAUAUUAUCACUGGCUGCAUCACCUUUUGGAUCGACCUCUGUGGUGGAUUGCUGGAUUUCUAACUAAGAACUACAUACUGAAAACUAAUCAUGCCGUGAUGGGAGGUCAAGCAGAAAAACUAAAUAAUGGCACUGCCAGAAACUACAUGCAAUGAUAUAAAAAUGAUAAAGAGAAGCUAUCCAAUAGGCUAUGUUUCCAUCAUCUACCCAUGAAGUCGGGAAUGGUAUCGAGCAAUGCAUACCGGUCAAUAGCUAAUUUGGGCAAAAGGAUGGCGCUAUCA